AUGCCAAAGCGAAAGGCGACGACCAAGCUUUCUGGCCUUGUUGGCUCCGACGAUGAGGAUGUCAUGCAGGUCAAUGGCACCGACAGCGGCCCCGAUCCCGACACCGAACGUCCUGCGAAACGCGCACGAGGAAGACCAGCUGCGAAAGCUACGGAAGGCAAGCUACCUCCGCCAAUGAAGACCCGCUCGGGGAAUACUACUGUGCAGGAGCAGGCGCAAGAACCCGCUGCGAAGAAAAAGCGAGGGAGGCCGAAGGGGAGCGGAGGUCGUUCUUCGACGGACGGAGGAGAACAGGAGGUCUCGGAAAAGGAGGAGCCCAAACAAACAAAACGACCAAGCGCGAAAGCGCAAGAGAAGAGUGAAGAGGCUGCAUCGGAUGACGACCUACAAGCUCCGCAGGAUAAUGCUCCAAAGGCGACCAAGAAUGCGAAGAAUGCGAAACCUACAACUGGCCGUGGUCGGAAGAAAGCCAGCAGCAAUGUGGAAAAGCUCAUCAAGUCUGAUGGUGAAUUUCAAUACUCGCCAACCCCCCGCAAGACAAAGUCUCUUGAUAGGCCCAAACAGCGAACAGAGUCACCCACGGAACAGGAGAUGGAGGUUGAUGAAACCGAUGACACCGUUCCUGAGAGCCACAAGUCCGCCGCCGAUGUUGUCGAUGAGACAAUCAUUGAAGAGCCAGCACCCAGGCGCUCUUUAUCGCCGACAAAAUCUAUCUUCCAUCGGUCUUCUAUCCCCCGUUUCUCCCUUUCUCCGCAGAAACGAAGACCGGAAGAAGGGAAGACUAGCACAGAGCCGGAACUGAGACGUAAAAUCGGCGAUCUAACGAAGAAAUGCGAUACCUUGGAAAACAGGUACCGCAACCUGAGGGAGAUAGGAAUUGUUGAAGCAAAUGGAAACAUGGAAAAGUUACGGAAACAAUGUGAUGCGAUGACAAUCGCUUCCAAUGAUCUUGUUAGCUCUCUAAAGGAGGAACUCGAGACGCAAAGAGCACUUGGCCAGCAAAGCCGUGCACUCCAAAAGCAAGUGAAGGACCGAGAUGCGGAAGUGGCCCAGUUCAAGUCACAGGCCGAAGAGGCGACUAGUCAACUUUCAGCUGCCCAGUCUGAAGUCAAGGCGUUGCAAACUAAACUCUCUGCUGCUCGCAACACGGCUGCAAGCCUCGAAAGUGCUACAGUGAAGGUCCCAGGAAGCGCUAUCAAGGGUAGUGCGAACCGUACUACUGCUGCCGUGAGUGCGGAAGCUGCCCAAGCAGCGCAGUACGCGCAGCUCAAGGAGGACCUCUACAGUGAUCUCACAGGACUGAUCAUUCGAGACGUGAAGAAGAGAGAAGCUGACAGCCUAUACGAUUGUAUCCAAACUGGUGGCAACGGAACACUUCACUUUAAAUUGACCGUUCCCCACGUAUCGUCUGCCAAUUUUGAAUCAGCAGAAUUCCAGUACAUACCCCUUUUGGACGAGAACCGGGACCGUGACUUGGUUGCUAUCUUACCCGAAUAUCUUACGGUGGACAUCACGUUCUCCCGUAAACAAGCGUCAAAGUUCUAUACCCGAGUUAUUGACACGCUCACCAAGCGACGGAAUAGCUCUUCUGCUUCUGCUUCUGCUUCUGGUUGA